UGGAUCAGGGGCAGACGGAAGCAGCCACCUACAAUAGAGGAGUUGCUACAGAACGAACGUUACAGGGAGCAGAUUAAAGUCAGAGCUAUAGAGGCAGAGGAGAAGGAUAAAGCCCUGCAGGCCAAAGAGUAUGAGGAAGGUUUGGUGGCCCGACCUGUUCAGACUCAGGUCAAAGGUCAUGCUUCUGCCACACAGUUUGAACAGACUGAAUUCAGUGAGGACCCCGUAAGCACUGCCAACACAUUCCAGCCUGGGUCCUGGACACCUCCAGGAAGCAAAAAAUAGGUUUAUGUGAAACCUCCUUUGCUGUCUUCAAGUAAAUUUGCAAUUUAAGUGAAAUAGUAGUUCUGCUGAUUUUCACUGCAUCUCAGCACUUCUUGAUAUAAAUUCAGUACUGGUUUUCUUGAGACAAUUGAAAAGCUCUGCAUGUAAUGACUGGUUAGCUUGCUAUUAUUUUUCAGGUUUAAAGGAAUAUUUUACCCAGAAAUUAAACAUUUCUGAAAAUGUACACACCCUCAGGCUUUCCAAGAUGUAGGUGGUUUCUUCAGCCAAACAGAUUUGGAGAAUUUGGAGUCCAAAGAGCUGAUGAAAACAUGACAAUAUAACAUCGCAAAGGUCUUGUGAAUUGAAAAGCUCAGCAUUGAGAUGUUUUUAACUUCAAACUGUUGCUUCCAGCUAAAUUACAAGUCCUCUAUCCAUAAUAUUGCCUUCUCCGUGUCUAAAUCAAGAGCCAAAGCAGUUCUGAACAAAUAUGUUGGUCGAUUUUGAUGUGAGAGGAUGACAGGGGAUGGCUUUUUUCACUGGAGGAAGCAUUAUUAUUGAUUCUAGACUUUAAAGUGAAAACUUCAAAGUUAAAUGAUGGAUGUUAACUUACAAACAUGCAGCUUUUCACUUCACAAGACAUUAAUUGAUGGGCUGGAGUCAUGUCAAUUAUGUGCAUUAUUAUUUAGUUUUUCCUCUCAUUCUCACGGAACCUAUCACUGUACAGGAUCAACUGGAUAGGAAUGUGAUGUAAUGCUACAUUUCUCCAAAUCUGGUCCGAUGAAGAAACAAACUCAUCUACAUCUUAGAUGGCCUGAGGGUUAGUAAUGUUAAUGUUUGGGUGAACUAUUCCUUUCAAAUCACUGAAAUGGAUUGUAAAAUGAUGUAAAGAA